CCUUCCGGAGCCGGGCGCGCCAAGAGACGGGGCCAUGCCGCUGGACCACAGGCGGGUGCCGGGCCCGGAGGAGUCGCAGUCGCUGCUGCUGUACGUGGCUGCCGGCCAGAACGACGGCCGGGAGGGGGCCGACGCCAGCCGGGACCCGUCGGCGCUGCAGCCGCUCUUCGCCCGCGUGGGGCUGCUGAGCCAGGCCAAAGGCUCGGCCUACGUGGAGCUGGACGGCGGCACCAAGGUGCUGUGCGCCGUGACCGGCCCGCGCGAGGCGGGCGGCGGCGGGGCCAACGCCCCGGGCGAGCCGCGCGGCCGGCUGGUCUGCGAAUUCCGCCGGGCGCCCUUCUCCGGGCGCGGCGCCCGCGGCCGGCCGAGCGAGAAGGAGCCGGAGCUGGCCCUGGCGCUGCAGGAGGCGCUGGAGCCGGCCGUGCGCCUGGCGCGCUAUCCGCGGGCGCAGCUGGAGGUGAGCGCGCUGCUCCUGCAGGACGGCGGCUCCUCCUUGGCUGCCGCCAUGUGCGCCGCCGGGCUGGCGCUGGCCGACGCCGGCAUCGAGCUCUACGACCUGGUGGCGGCCUGCGCGCUCUGCCGGGCGCUCGGGCCGUCGGGGGGCGAGUGGCGGCUGCAGCCCACCGAGCCCGAGGAGCGCGCCGCCGCCGCCCGGCUCACCGUGGCGCUCCUGCCGUCUCUCAACCAGGUGGCGGGCCUGCUGGGCAGCGGCGACGGCGGGCCGGCCGACAGCUGGGCGCAGGCCGUGCGCCUGGGCCUCGACGGCUGCCAGCGCCUUUAUCCUCUGCUGCGCCAAAGCCUCCUGCGCGCGGCCAAGCGCCGGGCACCCGGUCACCCGGGGCCGGCGGACAUGGACACGGCGGAGCCCCCGGCGGGGACGACCUGAAAUCGCCCUCGGGGCUUUUCCCCGCGCGGCGUUUUGCGCAGGAACUUGGCAGCAAGAGUUCGCGGGAGCGGGCCGCGCGCCGGACUUGGAUUUGGGAUGCGAGGUGAAGACGAGGCAGAUGCGGAGCAAGAGACCUGCCUGAUCCACGUAGCGUCGGCCUCUGCCUCCAUUACUCUGGAAAUCUCCGCUGCCGCCUCCACUUUGGAGAUGUGACUUUGCUGCUAGGUCUCCCCAGAGAAGGCACCCUGAGCUGUUGCUGUUGGACUCCAGCGUUGCAUGGCGGACUAAUUUGAUUUGGGUUAACUGGAGGCUCUGCAGACUCUCUCGAUCCCGCAACCACUACCCUGUGCUGAAAGUCCACCUGUCCCAGGGAGGAUGAGAGAAUGUUGGUCAUUUGGGGGCUUCCUCUGUCCUGUUUGUUACUGUGGUCAUUUGGAAGGAAGGAGGACUGGUUCCAGAAUAUUUCUUGUAAAUCAGGGUUAGGUUGAAAUGAUGGCUGUACUUUCACUAUGGUUAACAAGAUUAAGCUAAAACAAAAGAAAUGGUGUUAUGUCUUAGAGGGCUGUGGGUAUCAGGUUAUGACAGUAAGCAGUAACAUGGCUUGUUUGGUUGUGCUUGUGAGCCCAGUGUAAUUGGUUAACCACAGCUUGUUUAGUGCAUUGGACAGGUACAGCCAGUAGGUUUGUGUGAAUGGACAUUUUUAAAGGUCAGAUUCCUUUUGAUACCAUCUUCCAAUCUUUACUCAAAAAUGGGGGGGGGAAAAGCCUGCGUGUUUGUUUUGUUGUGUUUUUCCUGGCUUCUUCUGUCCAGGAAAUGAGCCACGUUUUAUUUCUUUUUCUUGAUCCUCUUCUAGGUUGACUAAAUCCUUGUUAGAACAUUUUUUUUCUCUUCAAGUCUCCUUUGUCACUCUCCCAGCAUCUACAUUCAAUGUGAUUUUUCCUCUGAUAAAGGCUCACUGGGGCUUCUUCAUGACUUUCUGGCUGUUGUUUGAACAGAUGAGUUCAACAGACCGGUUGUCUUGUUUAUAAUUACACAACUCUUUGGUGUAACUGG